AUGGAAAAUCAAAACAUCGAAAAAAAAUCCCAAGGUGAGCAAAGUACCUUGGUAAUUUAUCUUCUUUCUAAAGCAAUAGAGAAGCCAACUGAAUCAGAUUGGAAAAACGCUCAAUGUGCAACCACUCCAAAAAUCAUAACCAAUAAAACAGAAUCCAAAAACACUCUCCAAAAUCUCAUGUUUUCGAUUGUGAAGCCUCGUCCAGUUCAAGCUGCUAGUAUUCCUGGGAUGCUAGGAAUGUUUCAAAUUGAAUGGGACGGUUUGAUGCUAUCUAAUUUUGCUUUGGAGCAACAGUUACACACCGCAAGACAAGAGCUAAGUCAUGCCUUGUACCAGCAUGAUGCUGCAUGUCGUGUUAUUGCAAGGCUGAAGAAGGAAAGGGAUGAGGCUCGUGCAUUACUGGCACAGGCUGAAAGACAGAUACCCAUGCCAUUAGCAGCACCAGAUGCAGUUAAUGCUGCUGCCUUAAGCAAUGGGAAAAGAGCUGCCGAGGAUGAUGGAAUGGGUCCAGAUGGGAAAAAAAUCCGUCCAGGAAUCUCAAGUGCUAUAAUUUCUGAGCUUACGGACUGUAAUGCUGCUCUUUCACAACAAAGGAAAAAGCGGCAGAUACCUGCAACACUGGCUCCCAUUGAAUCUCUGGAGAGAUACACUCAACUCAAUAGUUAUCCUCUUCAUCGAACAAACAAACCUGGCAUAUUAUCUUUGGACAUCCAGCACUCCAAGGACAUCAUUGCCACUGCUGGGGUUGAUUCAAAUGCUGUAGUCUUUGAUAGACCUUCUGGGCAGAUAAUAUCUACACUCAGUGGUCAUUCAAAGAAGGUUACGAGCGUCAAAUUUGUGGCUGAGGGUGAAGUAGUUGUUACCAGCUCUGCUGAUAAGACAGUUCGUGUAUGGAAAGGAUCUGAAGAUGGAAAUUACGAUUGCUGUCAUAUUUUGAAGGAUCACAGCGCUGAGGUGCAAGCUGUUACAAUCCAUGCCACCAAUAACUACUGCGUGACAGCUUCUCUUGAUAACACAUGGUGCUUCUAUGAACUUGCAUCGGGUUUAUGUCUAGCUCAGGUUGAAGACACUUCGGGAUCUUCUGAAGGCUACACAUCUGCAUCUUUUCAUCCUGAUGGUCUCAUCCUUGGAACCGGUACUUCUGGGUCUCUUGUUAAGAUCUGGGAUGUGAAAACUCAGGCUAAUGUUGCGAGAUUUGAUGGGCAUGUUGGGGCAGUAACUGCAAUUUCAUUUUCGGAGAAUGGUUACUUCCUAGCUACUGCAGCUCAAGAUGGUGUUAAGCUUUGGGAUCUGCGCAAAUUGAAGAACUUUAGGACUUUCACUCCUUACGAUGAAAAUACACCAACACAAUCAGUGGAAUUUGACCAUAGUGGAAGUUAUCUUGCACUUGGAGGCUCAGAUAUACGAGUUUAUCAAGUUGCCAACGUCAAGUCUGAAUGGAACUGCAUCAAAACCUUUCCCGACUUAUCAGGCACAGGUAAAGCAACAUGUGUAAAGUUUGGUCCAGAUGCAAACUACAUAGCUGUUGGAUCUAUGGACAGAAACCUCAGAAUAUUUGGGUUGCCCCAGCCCGGGGAAGAUGAUUCAUCUGAGUUGUAA